GACGCCCUGCACAUAGUCAUGGAGUACCUGCCGGGGGGCACGCUACGGGACUUCCUGCGAGCGCGCGAUGGCCGUCUGCUGCCGCAGCAGGAUGUUGUGACUUGGGCAUCACAGUUGGUGCUGGCACUCUACCACAUCCACUCACUCAAUGUCCUGCACCGUGACAUCACAUCCAGCAAUAUACUGCUAACUGCAAAUCACAGGUGCCUCAAGAUUGGUGACUUCGGCAUUUCGAAGAUUCUUGCCAGGUACAAGUCUCGAGCACAGACACUAGUGGGUACACCAUGCUAUCUAUCUCCAGAGCUGUGUGACGGGCGUGACUAUGGGCGUGAGAGUGAUAUCUGGGCUACUGGAGUAGUCAUUUAUGAGAUGCUUGCACUGCGAAGGCCAUUUGAAGCCCCGGUGAGUGCUGUACUAGAAUGUGAACUUCUAAGAUUGUGA